AUGUCGAUCUUCGGCUUGAAACGUAUGUUCGAUCAAAAGCUCAACCCGCCCAAGCCAGCGACGCAGUCCUUUGCUUCUCGCACGAUUCUAUUGACGGGCGCCACCUCAGGAUUGGGACUGGAGGCUGCAAAGAAGAUUGCAGCUCUUAACGCCGAAAAACUCAUUAUCACAGCACGAACUGAAGCAAAGGGUCAUGCUGCAAAGAAGGAGAUCGAAGAGUUCAUCAAGGCUCACCCGGGAAAUGCGACGACGAAACAGACAGAAAUAAUCCCCAUGAUACUCGACAUGAGCUCUUUCGCCGAAGUUCGAAAAUUCGCCGAAACUCUCAAGUCCAAAUUCGAAGCGAUCGACGGUGCAAUACUAAACGCUGGGAUGAUGAACUCCAAAUAUCUCCAAAGUGGUGAUGGCUGGGAGGAAACGCUUCAAGUCAACACCCUCGGCACGUUCCUUCUAGGAGUCCUUAUCCUACCGCUCCUCAUUGCCGCAGCAGACUCUGGGAAGAACAAAGAUUACAAGCCUCACCUGACAUUCAUCUCCUCUGGCACUGCCUGGGUCGUUCAGCCGGGGCAGAUGAAGGCGUUUAUGAACAGCGAAACACCUCUUGAGGACCUGAGUGCGCAAAGGAACUUCCCUCCAGGUAUUGCCGGCGGAGCAACACAAUAUGGCAGGUCCAAGCUCGUGCUCGAAUACGCGGUGCGCCACCUUGCAGCAUCACCUACCGUCAGGGGUGCUGAUGGCAAGCCCAAAGUCAUCAUCAACACUGCCUGCCCAGGCCUGUGCAAGAGCGACCUGGGACGCAAUCUGCGGAACGUAAACCUCCUCAUCAGGUUGAUCCAGUGGUUCCUUUACGGUAUUUUUGCGCGAACAGCCGAGCAGGGCGCUAAUACGUACACCACAGCCCUGAUCCGCGGCGAAGAGACACACGGCGAGAUGUGGAAGAAUGAUCGAGUGUUUGAGCCUGGGCCGAUGCUGAGCACUGCAGAGGGAAGGGACUUUGGUGAGAAGAUGUGGAGUGAAGUUCUCCAGGUUAUCGUCAAGGCGGAUUCAAGUACGAAGUCCUUAUUAACCUGA